AUGCUAUUUCCUCGCGUGAGGACCCCCGGUGUUCGACUCCGGACUACGCAUCCACACACACAACAUUGGAACCAUAUUCACCCCACGUCAUACGCCAGUACAGCUUCGUUCUCGACAUCGCCAAAUAGACGCGCAGCAAGUCGUGAACCGAACCACUAUGAAAUCCUCGAAGUGCCCAUAACGGCGUCAGCAGCGGAGAUCAAAAAAAAAUUCUACGCUCUCUCCCUCCGCCACCAUCCAGACCGCAACCCCAACGACCCAAAAGCCUCCUCACGCUUCGCCCGAAUCUCCUCCGCCUACGAAAUACUCGGCAAUCACACCAAACGCGCCGCCUACGAUCGCGAACACGGAAUCAUAGCCCACCAUUCAACACACAGCACUGCAAACCCUGGCCAACACCCUAUGGGCAGCUACAGUAGCUACAGCGCAAACCUACACACAAAAGGGGCAUCAUACGCUGGAUCACGGCCAGCUAGCGGACUGAGUAAACGCCGGGGACAGUUUCGCGGGCCGCCGCCCAGUUUCUAUGCGCAUGGGGGGUACGGGAAUAGGAAAGCUCCCGGGGGAGCGUCGUCGUCUUCGGCUGCGGGCGGCUGGAGCGAGCAUGAUCCUACGGCGUUUAUUUAUCGAAACCCUGUGAAUCAUUUCAAUGCGCCGGGGCAUUAUAAGACGCAGUCAGCUGAGGAUGCGAGACGGAAGGAGAGGCGGUCGAAGGAGAUGGGUUCGGAGCUGAAUGAUCAGUAUAUUGGAAGUCGCGGGGAUUUCGCUAUACGGUUUAUCAUCGUUUGCGGCAUUCUGGUGGGCGCUGGAUCUAUGACGGGGUUCAUCGGUUGGCCUGGGGAACGGGGCACCAAGGCUAGCGGUAGUAAACCGGCUCGGCGGAAAGAAGAGUGA